UUCAACUUGUCUGAAAAUUUGACAAAAAGAAAAAUGUAUAUUAAUACACUUGCAUCUCAUCAGUUUAUUAAAACUUCACAGAACUUUCCCUGUCGAUAUUUUCACCCUCAAAUCCACCAAAUUUUCCUCAAUAUUAAAAAAAGUCAGGACAAAAAACUGGGGCAACUUGCAGCAUUCAAAAAGUUCAGAAAAUGCACUUUGUAAUAACUUGUACUAGUGAAACCAAAUCUCACUCUUCUUUAAUAUACACACAUUAGCCCCCUCCUUUUUCUAUAAUUGGGAUUCUCCAAGUGAACCAACCACCUUGUGGGAGAUUAUAAAUGCACUCAACUUACUCCUCAGUGACAUGAAAAGCAACAAAACAAAACAAAACAACACAAAUCAUUGAGCUUCAAUUGCCUCCUUCAAUCCACAUUUCUUGUCAAUCACUGCAAAAAAUUUUUCUGAGUAAUGGAAAGUGAAGAAGGUCUAUCAGCCCCCUCAACACCAGUAACCCCAGGCACCCCUAGGGCUCCUCUCUUUGGAGCAGCAUUCAGACCUCAUGAAAAGAACAAAAAUGGCAGAAAAUUGUCCCUUCUCAAGAGCUGCAGAUGCUUUUCCGGCCUCGAAGCCGCCAGCUGGAACCUCGAAGAGGGGGUCUUGGCCCCCGUCAGCUGCGCUUUGCCUCCACCCCCUGUCUCCCUCGCGAGGAAGGUUGGAGCUGAACUAAUAGGCACCCUGAUACUGGUGUUUGCUGGGACAGCCACAGCUAUUGUGAACCAGAAGACAAACGGGUCGGAGACCCUAAUUGGGCUGGCAGCAUCGACGGGCCUGGCCGUGAUGAUAGUCAUAUUCUCCACGGGCCACAUAUCUGGGGCCCACCUCAAUCCAGCUGUCACCAUUGCAUUUGCUGCUCUCAAGCAUUUCCCAUGGAAGCAUGUUCCUGUGUACAUAGGUGCACAAGUGAUGGCAUCAAUAUGUGCUUCAUUUAUGCUCAAGGCUAUUUUCCAUCCUGUAAUGGGUGGGGGAGUGACUGUGCCUCAAGGUGGAUAUGCUCAGGCUUUUGCUCUUGAGUUUAUAAUAACUUUCAACCUCAUGUUUGUUGUAACUGCAGUUGCCACUGAUACUAAAGCUGUGGGGGAGCUUGCGGGAAUUGCGGUUGGAGCCACAGUCAUGCUCAAUAUACUGAUAGCCGGGCCUACAACAGGGGCAUCAAUGAAUCCAGUAAGAACACUGGGCCCAGCAAUUGCGGCUAACAACUAUAAGGCCAUUUGGGUGUACCUCACAGCACCCAUUCUAGGUGCUCUUGCUGGUGCAGGUGUUUACUCAGCUGUGAAAUUGCCUGAUGAUGACGACAAAGGGCACGAGAAGCCCUUACCAGAACAUAGCUUCAGAAGGUGAUUCCAUUUACAAGUAAGCAAUGUGAGCUCAGAUCCUUCUUUGAGGCGGGAAAAGCUCGACAAGAUUUGCAUCCUGCAAUAAGAAUGUACGAACAAAUGAUAGCUUUUAAUUUACCUGCCAAUGUAAAGAACAACUUUGGCCAAGAAUUCUCAUUCUAUGUGCAUUAACCAUAUUUCCAUUCCUCUCUGAGUUUCUUCCUUGUUGAAAUUUUCAACUGUAGACUAAGCACGAGAACAAUAUAGGCCUAAAUUCAAUUCAAAGUGGCGUAAAAUCAAUUCAAAGUGAUAUUAAAACUGGAAAUACUCCAACACGAAUAAUCAAGAUCUGCGUAUCCAAGCACCGCAAUAACAUUAGCAACAUUCAUCUGAUACA